AUGGAGUCAGGACAGCACAGUGGUUUGGCGGGAGGAAUUGUACCUGAGACAUUCACUAUCGCGCGUAUACUUUUGGACCGUCUGGAAAACUCUAUGACUGGCGUUGUGGUCGACGACUUCAACUCUGAACCCAAUGCGGAUAAGAUCAAGGAGGCCCAGUUUAUUGCCGGUUACCAUGGCAACGCCAUCCACGAGGUUUUUAAUUUGCUGCCGGGUGUCAAGCCGAUGUCCGACGGAGAUCUGGCACAG